UUGAAGAUAAAUAGCAGCUGGGCUCGCUGGUGUCUUGGUGCGGGGGACGCGUGGGCCGCCGCUCAUCCUCCCGCCUCGCCGCUGUCUGCCCGCACCGCCGCCCUCACUCCUCUCGCGACCCUCGUCCAGCACCACACUUCCGACAGACCAUCAAUAAUUUGAGCGUUCGGCAACCCAGCCUUCCGUCUCUGAAUUGAUACGGUUUGGCUCCACAAACAUGAAAACAAAAGCCAUGGCUGAGGACAAUCCAGUAGAGACCCCCAAGAGGAAGCGUGGCCGCCCCCCAAAGCCCGACAGUGAGAAGGCAACCCCAAAGAGGAAGGCGGAGAGUGACAGCGCCUCUCCUGCCAAGAGGGGUCGAGGCCGACCCAAGGGCAGCAAGAACAAGGGCUCUGUAGCUGCCAAGAAGCCCGCAUCCAAGGGCACGGGAAAGCGUGGCCGCCCCCCAAAGAACCCCCCCAAGGAGGACGCCUCUGAGGAGUCUGCUGAGGAUGCAGAGUAAGAAGUGCAGUGCAGCAGCAGCAGUGCUCCUCUCUAGCCACCACACCCCUGAGAGUAGCUGCCUUCAAGUAGAUAACACCAAACUAUUAGGCAUCAUUAGUUGCAGGACCCACUGUUCUGCAUGUGAAUAAUUAUGAACUGUUUAAUGGUGACGAAGCUUAUCUAAAUUUGCAGCUCUUCUACCCCUGAAGUGUAUUUGCUUAAAUGCAUCAAUGUCUUCGUACUUCCAAAUAGCAUAAAAGUACCUAUUUUUCUAUGUAUUUACAUCAGCAGCUGCUUCAUUAAGAUAUCCAAGGGGUUGAGCAGGGGGGUGGUGGCCCACAUAUUUUACAUUUUGUUUUAUAUGUGUUCUUACAUUGCAGGUGUUGUAUCAGUAGGCAUUAUUGACUUUUAAUAGUAUUCUCUUUAAAGUACAAAAGGAAUUAGUUCAUUUGGAAUUUGUACUUGCUUUAACAUUGUGUCCCCAGUUCCCUCUUGGAGCUCAUUAUCCAGACUGUCCCUUGUAACCUUCAUCAUGUCAUAGAUCUGAACCAGGAUGAAGGUUCAAGCAUUAAUAAGUUUGCAAUGGGACCAAAUGUUCCCAGUAUUUGGACUUUGUAGCUUAGGGCCAAGGAUUUCCAUGUUAAAUAAUUACUUUACUUGAAUAAAUGUUUUUAGUGAU